UGUUGCUGGAGAGCUACGGUCCUGUGGUUUACUCCAUUCCCAUUUGUACCUAACCUAAACCUGUAGGGCGCUAGGAACAAGCUUUGGAGAGCUUUGCUUCUGGUCCACACUAAUUUUGUCACAUCAGUAGUGACUUGAGUCACAUCUUUGAGGCUUUUUUUUUAACAAUAAAUAAAUGUAACUUCUAUACAAGUACUUCAUUAACUGAGCAAUGCAAUGCUGUCACAAACUUGGGCACAUAUCACUUUAUGUUACAUUAACUUGUUUGGUUAGGCAAGUUGUAUAUGAUGUGUAUAUUACUAUGUAAAUAAUUUGGACUGGGGCAUGGUGAUUGGGGCGACAGCAUUGGGCCAGUAACCACAAGGUUGCAACUUCAACUCCCUGAGCUGACAAGGAAAAAAAUCUGUCGUUCUUGCCCCCUUGAACAAGGCAGUUAACUCACUGUUCCUAGGCCAUCAUUGAAAAUACGGAUUUGUUAACUGUCUUGCCGGGUAAAAUAAAGGUUAAAUUAAAUGUCAGGCCUGCUGCUUGGCCAGUCACAGCCCGUAGCCAUGGAAACCACAUGAUUCAAUACGCCACGUAGCCUCUAGUGGGCUUUCUCAAGCUCUCCGCUGUGCUUCGUUUUUAAUUCGUCUCUUUUUUGUCGUUAAUAACAUGGCUAAUUAUUUAGUUAGUUCAUGAGUUUGGAGUAUCGGUGCGUCGUCUUAGCGUGAUGCACCCCACAGCCAGUCCGAAGGUGAUAACACUAGCGGCUUCUCUCGGCACCGCCGGGGACUUGACGCAGUUGGGCCAAGGCCGCUAUGGACCGCUGUCCGGUCGUCAUUGUCCGGGGUUACAAAUACCAGGAGGAAGGCUGGUCAACGUCAAGCCGAUUCAUGUCCAUACAUUAAGGAGAAAAUGCCCUCUGAGCGACUCCAGGGACCGAAAGGAUUCCACCUGGAAUGUAGAGGGGUCUACUUCCUCCUUCCUGGGCAGAGAGGCGUCUCCGUUGUCCCUUCCGGGCACCUCGGAUAAUAACCACCCAGAGAAAGACCUCUCCGAGAGACACUUUCGGUUUGAUAAGACAUGGAAGAACGACAGCAGGAUGUAUCCCAAGUAUGAUUUCCGAGAUGAGCGUCCCAUGAAGCCGAGCGGCUCCAUCCCUCCCCUGCCCAGAGACUACCAGAUCCACCGGUCGGGCCACCUCCACCACUAUACCCUCCACAAGGAGCUUUCCCAUGCCCCUGCUCGCCCCUGCGCCUUUGGCUCUUAUGAGGCGUAUGACCUGACAUCAUUUCCUGCCAUCCUGCUGCCAGCUGCAGCCUCGCUCAAUGGAAGAAACCCCUUCUCUACAGAAGGCUACAAGAACAGACCAAGAGUAAAUAACAGAAGCUGCAGUCUUUUCACAAUAGGAGCUAAUCAGAAAUCCCAGUCGUACCCAGACCCGGUAAGCGGAGCCCCGUCAGCCUCGAUCAUCCAGAGGCUGUCUGAGAUCGCGUGCCUGGAGGGAGAGACGGUCAGGCAGGAAAAGAUCAAGAAGAUUAAGAAGAACAAGAGAUGGGACUCCUGACACAACCUGUCUAUCAGCCAAUCAGAGAGCAGAGGUCACAGCCUGUGACCCCAUACGCAGUGCCAAUGCCGCCCUAACAAAUAAAACAUUUAGGGAAAUAUAAACCUUUUUCUUGCUUAAAAAAUAAUCUAGCUUUGUAAAAGCUUGUUGGUGCUAUGUAAUAGCAAAGUGCAAUUCAAUAUUUUGACUUAUACUACCGUUCAAAAUAUGGGGUCACUUGUUGCGACUUGUCCUUGUUUUUGAAAUUAUUUUUUUAUUUUUUUUUGUCCAUUAAAAUAAC